CGCCAUCCUUUUUCUGUUUCGCGGCAUUCGCUCCCAUACCCACCCAAAAAGAAUCUCUCUCUCUCUCUCUCGCUCUUAUCUUCUUCUCUUUUUAUGGGCGUUUUGUCUGGGUCUUUGAAAAUCAAUCUCUCUCACUCUCUGAAUUCAUGAGAUUUUUUGGGGUGGUGUGAUUCAUAGAGGCUGACAUACCAAGAUGGAGCUCGAGUAUCAAGAGGAGUAUAUCAGGAAUUCUAGAGGGGUGCAGCUUUUUACAUGUAGAUGGUUGCCUACUUCUUCACCAAAAGCCCUUGUUUUCCUCUGUCAUGGAUAUGGCAUGGAAUGCAGCGGCUUCAUGAGAGGGUGUGGGAUGAGGCUAGCCCGAGCAGGAUACGGAGUGUUCGGGAUCGAUUACGAAGGGCAUGGACGGUCCAGAGGCGCCCGAUGUUACAUUAAGAAGUUUGAGAACAUCGUCAACGACUGUGAUGACUUCUUCAAAUCCAUAUGCGAGCAAGAAGAAUACAGAGAGAUGGGCAGGUUCUUAUAUGGAGAGUCAAUGGGGGGAGCUGUGGCACUUCUACUCCAUAGAAAGGGUCCCACAUUUUGGAAUGGUGCAGUGCUUGUUGCACCCAUGUGCAAGAUAUCGGAGAAGGUGAAGCCGCAUCCGGUGGUAGUGAACAUUUUGACUAGAGUUGAAGAGAUCAUACCCAAAUGGAAGAUUGUCCCCACCAAGGACGUUAUUGAUUCUGCUUUCAAAGAUCCCGUUAAGCGAGAAGAGAUCAGAAGCAACAAGCUGAUCUAUCAAGACAAACCCAGGCUCAAAACAGCCCUAGAAAUGCUUAGAACGAGCAUGAGCUUGGAGGACAGCUUACAUAAGGUGACACUCCCAUUUUUCGUGCUACAUGGGGAAGCCGACACCGUGACCGACCCAGGCGUGAGCCGGGCACUAUAUGAUCAAGCAGGGAGUUCUGACAAGACCAUGAAGCUCUACCCAGGAAUGUGGCAUGGCCUGACAAGCGGAGAGCCAGACGACAAUGUCGAGGCUGUGUUCACUGACAUCAUUGCAUGGCUUGACAAACGGACCGGCGACACCUUGCUGAUCCAACCAGUCCAACGGUCCCAAUCGACUCCUGUUGAGACUCACGUAACAUCUAACGUUAACCGGCGGAGGCGCACUCGCAAUCAAGGUAGCUUUCUAUGUGGGUGGAAGGGUAGAAUGCACCACCACUCAGCAAUGUAGGUUGAUUUUCAGUGUCUAUAUUUGUGUCUUGGACACGGACCAUUUUUAAAGAGAAAAAAGAGUAAAUGAUAGUCUUUCUUUAUACA